CGUUUUGCUGAGGACCAGACGCGUCGUUCGUUUAACGCGCUUCCUAACUUUCUUGGACAACCACUUAACUUUGCGCACGGCUUGUGUUUAGCAUCUUAAUUUUGUUUAGAAAAAUCUGACCACACUCCUACCAAUCUCUAGCCUUUGUCAUUGUUCCGAGUUCUCCGCACUGCACGCGUUCAACGGCCAACAUGUUCAAUGGAGGCCAAUCAGCACUUUCUGGAUUGCGCACAAUUAGACGCGACUGGUCGCAAAGCAGUUCUCAAUCUGACGACCGUAUUUCAUGGCCGGCCACCCAGCCCACUCAAUCUCAGUCUUCAAAAGCACCUAAGGCUGAAAUUCGAUCACAACGUAUGAAAGAUAUCCAACUUGCGCUUGAUGCGCUCACAGGGAAGCAACCGCCUGGAGAACGGCUAGAAAUUAGCACGAAACAGAUAGCAAACGGGACCAAACGACCUCUCCCACCUGCUCCAAAUUCGCCGCCAGCAAAAAAACGACAGCUUCCGCCCAGCUGGAAUGAGGACGCGUUAUCAUCCUCAUCCAACUUCAAAACUUCGAGCAAAUUUUCUUUGCCAUCAGUAAAGUCCAUGUCGUUGACGGUCGCUACCUCGUCAUCAAAGCCUAGCUCCAAGCUUGCUGGAGUGUUCCUUAGUCAGGAACAGACACAGAUUCUUCGUCUUGUGGAAAGCGGAAAUAGCGUGUUUUACACUGGUAGUGCUGGUACUGGAAAAUCGGUCUUACUCCGAGAAAUCAUUCGCACAUUGCAAAAGAAACACGUCAAAUCUUCCGAUGCUAUUGCCAUUACUGCAUCAACGGGAAUUGCGGCGUGUAACAUCGGUGGCGUCACGAUUCAUUCAUUUGCAGGCAUUGGCAUCGGAGAAGGCUCAGCAGAAGAACUCAUCAACAGAGUCCGUAAAAACAAGAAAGCUGCUUCGAGGUGGUUACGGACAAAAGUCCUCAUUAUCGAUGAAGGUAGGGUGGUUUAGCAAGUGCAGACUUUCACAUUACAUAUAUCAUAUCAUUAGUUUCUAUGUUGGACGGAGAUC